AUGUGGGAGGAUGUGGGUGCGAUGUGGGGUGGCGGGGUAGGGGUGGGGGGGGUGGGGUGGUGGUGUGUGGAGGGUGGGCUGGGGUGGUUGGGGUGUGGGGGUGGGUGUUGGGGGGUCGGGGAGGGGGGUGGGGGGGGGGGGGGGAGGGGAGAGUGGGGGGGGCGGGUGUGGGGGGGUCUGUGUGGUGUGGGCGUGGGGGGGGGGGGGGUGGUGGUGGUGGUGGGGUGGCGGGUGGUGUGUGGGGGUGUGUGGGGGUGUGUGGUGGUGGGGGGUGGGGGUGGGGGGGAUUGUGGUGGGGGAGGGGGGGUGGGGGGGGGUGGGGGUGAUGGGGAUGUGGUGGGUGGGGGGGGUGGGGGGGGGGUGGUGGUGGGUGUGGUGGGGGGGUGGGGGGGGUGA